CAAAGCAAUUAGCAGACGUGGUGUCACGCUCCAGGGAAGGAAUUUAUAAUACGUGUAUAUGUAUCGUGUAUGUGCGCACAGACUCGUACAAACUCCACAAAGCUUUAAAGCCACCGCCACCCCAUAGCUGCUAAUAAACAUCCCCAACACACUCUCUCUCUCUCUCUCUCUCUCUCUCUCUCUCGUCUCUCUCGCUCGCACGCGGCGCAUCUCCGAAAUGGCCAAUGCAGCAUCUGGGAUGGCUGUGCACGAUGACUGCAAGCUAAGGUUUUUGGAACUAAAGGCCAAACGAACCCAUCGGUUUGUUGUUUUUAAGAUUGAGGAGAAACAAAAGCAAGUUGUUGUGGAGAAGGUUGGUGAGCCAACUGAAAGUUAUGAUGAUUUUGCCGCAAGUCUUCCUGCCGACGAGUGUCGUUAUGCUGUAUACGACUUUGAUUUUGUAACGGCAGAGAACUGUCAGAAGAGCAGGAUAUUCUUUAUUGCCUGGUGUCCUGACACUGCCCGUGUGCGAAGCAAGAUGAUCUAUGCUAGCUCGAAGGAGAGGUUCAAGAGGGAGCUUGAUGGAAUUCAGGUGGAGUUGCAAGCUACUGAUCCUACUGAGAUGGAUAUUGAGGUCAUUAGAAGUCGUGCUAAUUGAAGUUGGACUUCAAACAUAUUAUACAUCACCUUGCUGUGACGAGUUCCUCAAUUCAACUUCAUUAGCUAAGUGAAGUUUAAUAUUUCUGACCUUAUUGGUUGGUGUAUUCGGCUUCCAAAUGAUAAGCUUGCCAAGAAUUUCUCCUUUUUCUUUAAAUUUUUUGAAUCAUACUUGGUAUUGACUAGUUUGUAAUGUUAUUUGUUAUUUCUGGAUUUUAUGAUUGGACUUCGGAGUUAUAUUUCC